AGUAAUCCAUUUCUUCUCUUCUCGUUGGCUCUCCGGCGUUCAUCCUUCGCGGAGCGGACAGGAAACACAGCUCACUCCCACGUAGUAGCAGCAACUCUCUUUUCUUCUCGUUUUUGCCGUGUAAACAAGCGUAAUUUAAUCAAGGAAAUCAUUACGAAAAAACACACACAUCUGCAGCUUUCCACAAUGGUGUACGCCCUGCUCGAGCUGCCGGCCGGUGUGGCCCUCUUCAAGGUGGACGGCGAGAAGCGCAAGAUGAAGGCGCUCCUCCACUUCAAGAGCACUGCCGACGCCCUCGAGACGACGACGCAGCUGGUGAACGGCGAGCUGUCGAAGCCGGUGCGCAAGUUCCUCAAGAAGAACUACCUGGAGAAGGAGGUCUCAGAGGAGCUCGCCGUCGCCGAUGCGAAGCUGGCGAAGGCUAUCAAGGAGACGCUGGCCAUCCCGUGCGUCUUCGGCGAUGACACGCUGCCGACGUUCCGCGCGCUGAAGGCGAACAUCGACAGCAUCAUGGAGGACGUGUCGGCCGAGCAGCUGAACCAGACGGCGCUCGGUCUCGCCCACAACCUGAACCGCUAUAAGCUGAAGUUCUCACCGGACAAGGUGGAUGUGAUGGUCGUACAGGCCGUCUCGCUGCUGGAGGACUUGGACAAGGAGAUCAACAAGUACGGCAUGCGUGCGCGCGAGUGGUACGGCUGGCACUUCCCCGAGCUUGGCAAGAUCGUGAAUGACAACGUGGCCUACUGCAAGAUCAUGCUGGCCAUGAAGACCCGCUUCAAUGCCCGCGACACCGACUUUUCUGACUUCCUCGAGGAGGAAAUGGAGCAGAAGGUGAAGGACGCGGCGAUGGUGUCGAUGGGAACGGAGAUCGCCGAGGAGGAUAUCGAGAACAUCGGCCGCCUGUGCAAUGAGGUGGUGGCGGCCUCGAAGUACCGCGAGCAGCUCUCCACGUACCUCUCGUCCCGCAUGCAGACCAUCGCGCCGAACUUGACGACGAUGGUGGGCGAGCAGAUCGGUGCCCGCCUCAUCCAGAAGGCUGGCUCCCUCCUCACCUUGGCGAAGUACCCGUCCUCGACGGUGCAGAUCCUCGGCGCCGAGAAGGCCCUCUUCCGCGCGCUGAAGCAGCGGCAGGCCACGCCCAAGUACGGUAUUCUGUACAACGCCUCGGUGGUGGCCAAGGCGGCGCCGGCGCAGAAGGGUACGAUGUCGCGUGUGCUGGCGGCGAAGGCGUCGCUCAGCGCGCGCAUCGACUCCUUCGGCGAGGGCGACAACGCACCCGCCCUCGAGUACCGCAGCAAGGUGGAGAACCGCCUGAAGCAGUUUGAGGAAGGCAUCACCUACGGUAAGAGCGGCAACGCCCGUGGCGCCGGUGCGGGCAUGCAGCAGCGCGGCGGCUUCGGUGGUGGCCAGGCGGGCGGCUUCAAGCGUCCCCGCAUGGAUAAUAGCGGCUUCAACAGGCGGUAA